UCUCAGACAUUCAAUUAGUAAACAAACCCGCGUGUCAUCGUUCGCAUAAAAAUUUAAUUGUUUGUUAAAACUUUCGAAUGGUAUAGUGUUUUCUUCGGAAUUAAAAUUGAUUUAAUGCUUUUGUGUGUGGUUGUUUUAAAAUUUAUUACAAAAAAAUUAUGAAAAGUUCAAGCAAGAGACAUUUAAGGAGGCUUUUUAAAAAGAAAGAAUAUCUAGAUGUCUCUCCCAGAAAUUAGUCGCAAAUCUCUUGGUUUAAAACCCAUAGCUAAAUAUCCCAAUAAGGCGGAGGCAUGCCAAAAUUGUUUUAAGCAAAUAAACAAUACAACACAAAGUCUUCAAGAAACCAUUACAACCCAAAACGAUGUGAUUAUGAAAACUCUUUCUGAACAUAAAGUGUUAACAGGAAGAAUUUUAUAUCAGGAAGUGACUCAGAAUAAUUUGGACUUUACAUUCCCUUUAGACUCUUUAAAUGGCUUAAGCGAUGAAUUUAUUAAUUUUGGUUUUCAAAACCAAACAUUUAAUUUAAACUAGAAAUAUUUGAUUUUUUUAAACCUACAAAUGUACAAAAUAUUUAUAUAAGUUGU